AUGCUGCUGCGCUUGGUGUGGCUGCUCGGCUGCUGGGCCAGCCUGGGCCGCGGCUAUUUCGACGGGCCGCUCUACCCGGAGAUGUCCAACGGGACGUUGCACCAUUACUUCGUGCCAGACGGGGACUACGAGGAGAACGACGACCCGGAGAAGUGCCAGCUGCUCUUCAGGGUGAGCGACCGGCUGCGCUGCGCGGCGAGCGGCGGCGAGGCGCAGCAGCGGCUGCACCACCAGGUGGCGGCGCCCGGCCUGACGCUGCGCGAGGAGUUCACGGUGCUGGGCCGGCAGGUGGAGGACGCGGCGCGGGUGCUGGACGGCAUCCGCAAGAGCAUCUCCUACGACCUGGACGGCGAGGAGAGCUACGGCAAGUACCUGCGCCGAGAGUCCACGCAGAUCGGCGACGCCUACGCCAACUCGGACAAGUCGCUGGGCGAGCUGGAGAACAAGUUCCGGCAGGGCCAAGAGCACGAGAGCCGCGAGGAGAGCCGCCUCAACGACGACUUCCUGGGCAUGCUGAUGCACGCGCGCGCCCUGCUCAAGGAGACCCUGGCCGUGUCGGCGGGACUGCGGGACAAGUACGAGCUGCUCGCGCUCACCGUGCGCAGCCACGGCUCGCGCCUCAGCCGCCUCAAGACCGAGUACCUCAAAGGCUGA